CACCCCAAAAACCAGAGUGCAAGACCCAGGCCUCCCGAGGGACGUGGGCUGAGGGUGGCCCUCUGCGGAUCCCAGAUGCCCCUCUGAUGCAGUGGCUUCCAAGCUCAUGGAGCCUUCUGCCACCCCAGGGGCCCAGACAGGGGUCCCCACCAGCAUCGGGGGACCCUCCUACAUGCCUCCAGACUAUGAAGACGAGUUCCUGCGCUACCUGUGGCACGAUUAUCUGUACCCUAAGCAGUAUGAAUGGGUCCUCAUUGCAGCCUACGUGGCAGUGUUCCUGGUAGCCCUGGUGGGCAACACUCUGGUCUGCCUGGCUGUGUGGCGGAACCACCACAUGAGAACUGUCACCAACUACUUCAUUGUCAACCUGUCUCUGGCUGAUGUGCUGGUGACAGCCAUCUGCCUGCCAGCCAGCCUGCUAGUCGACAUCACUGAGUCGUGGCUUUUUGGCCAUGCGUUGUGCAAGGUCAUCCCCUACCUACAGGCCGUGUCCGUGUCUGUGGCAGUACUGACUCUCAGCUUCAUCGCCCUGGACCGCUGGUAUGCCAUCUGCCAUCCACUGUUGUUCAAGAGCACGGCCCGGCGAGCCCGUGGCUCCAUCCUAGGCAUCUGGGCUGUGUCUCUGGCUGUCAUGGUGCCCCAGGCUGCUGUCAUGGAAUGCAGCAGUGUGCUGCCCGAGCUUGCCAAUCGCACCCGGCUCUUCUCUGUCUGUGAUGAACACUGGACAGAUGACCUGUACCCUAAGAUCUACCACAGUUGCUUCUUCAUCGUCACCUACCUGGCCCCACUUGGUUUCAUGGCCAUGGCCUAUUUCCAGAUCUUCCGCAAGCUCUGGGGGCGCCAGAUCCCUGGUACCACCUCGGCCCUGGUGAGGAACUGGAAGAGGCCCUCAGACCAGCUGGAGGCCCAGGGGCAAGACCCAAGCACUGAGUCCCAGCCUCGGGCCCGCGCCUUCCUGGCUGAGGUGAAGCAGAUGCGAGCUCGGAGGAAGACAGCCAAGAUGCUCAUGGUGGUACUGCUGGUCUUCGCCCUCUGCUACCUGCCCAUCAGUGUCCUUAAUGUCCUCAAGAGGGUGUUCGGCAUGUUCCACCAAGCCCGAGACCGGGAAGCCGUCUAUGCCUGCUUCACCUUCUCCCACUGGCUGGUGUAUGCCAACAGCGCCGCCAACCCCAUCAUCUACAACUUCCUCAGUGGUAAAUUCCGGGAGCAGUUUAAGGCUGCCUUCUCCUGCUGCCUGCCUGGCCUGGGUCCGUGCAGCUCUCUGAAGGCUCCCCGUCCCGGCUCCUCUGCCAGCCACAAGUCCUUGUCCUUGCAGAGCCAGUGCUCCGUCUCCAGAGUGUCUGAGCAUGUGGUGCUCACCAGUGUCACCACGGUACUGCCCUGAGGGCAGGGCGCCAAGAGGCUCCUCACCGCCACCACGGUGGAUGCAAGGCAGGCUGGGGCUCUGGGCCUGGCUUUCUCCUGGGUGACUCCGACAGAGCAAGUUCUUCCCUCUCCAAACUCAAGUUUCCUUAACCAGGGUUGAUGGGAGGCUUCUGCAUGCUCAGGGAAGGGGAAAGCUCUCCGUGGUCCCAUGCUGUGGACAGUUACUGAUGUGUUUCUCUCCCGUGGCCGUACUCCACACUAGCACCCGCCACCAUCAUCCUUCUAGUGCUUGGCCUUCCUCCUACAGACUCCUCUCCUACCCAGUCAUAGACUUCCCUAGCGUCAGCUCCAAAGGCCCCCACAGGUGUCUCUGUCUGGUGCAGGGACACCACCCUUCCACCCCCACCCCGCCCCCCAAAAAUCUGGAGCUGUUUUGAUGAUGCCUCUGCAAACUACUCUGAGCCCAGUCAUUGUCCAGUGAGCCCCGAGCAUAGCCCAGCCACGCCGGGUGCCCAGCACACACACCACAGGCUGGACCUUGUUGACUUUGUGGUGUGAUAAAACUCUCCGAGCAGCCAUCCAGCAUGGAGGCCAGCAGCCCAAAGCAAUUGUAAUUAAAAGCCUGGCACGGAAUGCUCCCUUUCCUUGUCAUUACACAGAAUCUGUGCGGUUCAGGUCAGUAGAGGCAGGCAGUGCUGCUGGGGAAGGCCGGAGGGGCACUGGGUGCUUUUGCCUGCGGCCUUCCUCAUUCCCACCAGACCCUAGACGGAUUCAGAACAUAGGCAGCACUGCCUCCCCCGUGGUGCCAAGGCUCUGAUGCCCAGAACCUCCAUUCUGGCCACAUUGUCUGCUCCCUGGCCCCCAGGGCCUCUAGAAGGUGAGGGGUAGAAUGCAGCAGGUUAACAGACUGAUUUACUGUUUCCCUCACCUUCUUGGAAAUCAGGCUUUCAUUUAUUUUCUAUGAACUCACAGCAUAAAGAGGAAGCCGCACACUUGGCUGGACGUGCUUGGGCUGGCUCCGAGCUGAUUAUGGGGCUGCCAGAGCCUCUGAUCCUCACUGCCAGCCCAGGAUGGAACAGUGUGGAGUGCUCCUCCUCUAGAGGAGCAGGAGACAUAUGGCCACGGCCAGCACAGCCCUGCAGCACGCCAGGUGUACUUACAUUGAUUAAUGGAGCCUCGGGCUCCCUUGACCUCACCUGUCACAAAGCAGGGAACAGAGCCCCGGGGCCCAGCCUGGCUCCGCCCAGGCCCUCCGCUUCUCUCAGAGCUGGUGGGAUGUGUGCUCAGGUAUGUCAUCCUCGCUCCAGACUCUCCAGCCCAGCUCUAACCCAAUGGCCCACACACCUGCUGCCAGGAGGAACAGGGUGCCCACUGGCCUUGGAACCCAAAGCUGUUCCUGAAGGCAGGUCUGGAGGGGCAGUGUGCACAAUGAGGCACGAGGGCUGGAGCCAGCCAUGCCUGCAAGGGUCCACCCAAGUCAGGGGCCCUCAGCCUUCCCAAGCACAUAGACUGAGAUAGGCACCAUUCUCUGGAAGGGUUUGGGAGCUGGAGGUACAGCUCAGUGGAAGAGUGACUCAGCAUGUGUGAGACCCUGGGUUCCAUGCCUAUUGUCACAUAAAAAAUAAAAUAAAAAUGGCUUUCAGGGUAACAAGGUGACAACUAGAGCUUCUGCUAGAGGCUGUUCUCCCCGGCAUUGCUGGUGGGACCCAGCACCACAGUGGGCUGCAGCUUUGUCUCGAGGGCUUCUGAUGAA